AAGUCAAACCAACGCAAGAUGCUUAUUGGGUAAGGCAAUGGAUAAAUUUGAUGAAAAUAAAUAGGAGGUUCGUUGUUGAAACAUCACUCGCCUUCUCCUCACAAGCGACUUACAGGGACGCUCAGGGAUCUUCUCCUAAUCUGUUUGUUUUUUUUUUUUUGAAAAAAAAUUUUAUCCACCUGUUUUAUUUUCCGUAUAAAUUCAAUCGUUAUCUGGAGGACUAGGGCUAGGGCUAGGGUUUUCUUUUCUUCUUAGCUGCAUAUUCUGCGCGGCUCACCGGAACGCCUCAUAUCCCCCAUUGUUUACUGAAGCUAUGGAGUCUACUUUUGUCAUAAAGGUGAAAUAUGGGGACACACUUCGCCGUUUCAGUGCUCGUGUCAAUGGAAAUGAGCAGCUUGAUCUUGACAUGAGUGGACUGAGGACAAAGGUCAUCGAUCUCUUCAGUUUCCCUUCUGAUUCUGAACUUACUUUAACUUACAUUGAUGAAGAUGGUGAUGUGGUAUCUCUUGUUGAUGAUGAUGAUUUGCGGGAUGUAGUGAGGCAGUGCCUGAAGUUUUUGAGGAUUGAUGUGCGGUUGAACAGUGAACUUUCUGCUGACUCUUCUGUAAGAAUGAGUAGAAGUUCAACCCCAAUUAUGUCCCCUAAGGUCCAAGGUCCCUUACCAAGCAUCAAUACUCAAGGUGUCACUGAAAUAUUGAAAUCUAUGCCCGAGCCACUACUAGAAGUUCUUUCAAAGGUAUCUCUUGACUUUGCUUCGAGAGCUGCAUCUACCAGUCCUGUUUUGGCUGACCUUGUAGAAUGCUUGUCAAAAAUACGACAGUCCUACUUGAUUCCAGAUUCCCAACCUCAGUUUGGUCUUAAU